GUGGUGUGUUAGCAUGUGUUCAGGCUUAUAUGAUGAAGUGCCUCAUCUUCGGUACUGCUGUGUCUCCCAGCACCAGCCCUGUGAGUCCCCUCCGGCCAUCUCAACGAGAAUGGUUAUGGGCUCUAGCUUCUGCUAUUACAGAAAUAUUGUGGAAGGCUGGACAGGAGAAAAAGGCAAUACUUGCACUACCUGGUUCUUUCGCCCACUUUGCGGAACAUGGUGUCGGCCGUUACAGUAACGAUGGUGUGACAGAGAACCUCAACCUCUAUGAAUUUGUUGUACAGGAUGAUCUGUAUGAUGCAGUCAAUCGCCACAUGUCGGUCUUCACUGCUGAGACUGGCUCUGGUUGCGUUAUCCUCCUGUACUCAUUACUUCUGACGAGAGGCUUAGAAAAUGUCGAAACAGACAAGGAUGCUGGUGGUGGUCAGCUCCUGAAUGCACAUGGAUAUUCCUCACAGGAAAUUGUGAACCUCCUCCUGACAGGUAUUGCAUGUACUAACACCUUUAAUGGUGAUCAGACCCUUGGCGGCAAUUCAGAUGACAAAGUUGUUUUGAAAGGUGUCCAUCAUCGAUCUGACAUUGGUCUUCUGUCUCUGUUUGAACACUAUGAUUGCUAUAAGGUUGGAUCACAUCUCAACCCACAAUACCCAAUAUGGGUCGUUUGCUGUGAAAGCCACUACAGUGUCCUCUUCAGCCGCGACACUGCCGUCAGCGCUGAUGUACCUCCUAACACUAAGUUUGAUAUCUACUAUUAUGAUGGCCUUGCCCUUCAGGAAGAUGAGAUAAGGCUUACUAUUGAUAUGGAGGGAGCGAAACCUGACCUAGCCAUUAUACCUCCAAUGAACACUGUAUCAGAACGAAAUGGAAGAAUGCAGCUAUUAACUGGAAUGGAACCGAGCCAAUUUUAUAAAAUGUCUCUCAAAAACAAAUCACUAAUAAGUAAGGCUUUAAAUAUUUUUGGAUUGUGUCUCUUUACUGUCAAGAAUAUUUCUGGAAAAUAUUCUUUAAUUGCAUACCCUUACAUGACUUAA